AUGACAACUCAAACAACUGGUCGCUGCCUUUGCGGAAAAGUCCAGGUCACCGUGUCCCCCAAGCCCCUCACAUCAUUCUCAACCCUCUGCUGCAACUGCACAAACUGCAAACGCCGUUCUGGAGGCAUAGCUUCCUACGCCUUCAUCGUUCCUAAAGACCAUGUCUCCAUCACCGGCUCAACGCACGAAUCCUACUCAGAUCCAGAUACCGGAAGCGGCAAACCCAUGACCAGGACGAUGUGUACCGAGUGUGGAAGCCCAGUUUGCAUCAUCGAGGCGAGUAGUCCCGAUGAUAGGUGCUUGCAGUAUGGAUUGUUUGCUGGUGAGGUCGAGUUACCGAAGCCAGAAAUCGAGUUCUUUGGUAGAGAUAGAGUUGUGUGGGUGGCUGAGAUGGGGAAGAAUGUUAAGGAAACGGCUUGA